GAUAACCACCUGAAACGCGUGCGUUGGUCCCCCGACGGCGUGUGCUUGCUCACGUGCGGCGCGGAGGACAACACGUUCAGGGUGUACGACGUGCACCCCGACGCCGGCGACGGCGUCGUCCCUCAUCACGACGCGCUGUGGCCCGCGCUGCGAAUAAAGGAGCACGAGAGCGUGCACGACUACGCGUGGUACCCGCGCAUGACCGCGACGGACCAAGCCACGUGCGUGUUCGCGUCCACGUCGCGCGCGACGCCGAUCCACCUCUGGGACGCCGUCACCGGAUCGCUUUGCGCGUCGUACAUCGCGUACGAUCACCUGGACGAGCCCGUCGCCGCGUGCGCCGUCGCGUUCAGCGGCGACGGCGCGCGAAUCUUCGCGGGGUACGACAAGCGCGUUCGCGUCUGGGACGCGUCCAGGCCGGGGCGGGAUUGCGACGAGUGGAAGACGAACGACGGACGACGACGCGGAUCCGGCGGAUCCGGCGGCGGACAGACGGGCCUUCUCUCGUGCCUCGCGACGUCCCCGCUCGGGUCCCCUCACGCGCUCCUCGCCGCGGGGUCGUACGACAAGACCGUGGGGAUCUACCACGAGGCGACGGGGGAGAGGAUCGCGGUCCUGAGCGGGCACGCCGGCGGCGUGACGCACGCGCGUUGGUCGCCGUGCGGGUGCUAUCUCUACACCGCCGCGCGGCGAGACGACGCGAUGCUGUGCUGGGACGUUCGCGGCGGAUCGGGCGGCGGAUCAGGCGGCGGCGCGGUGUAUCGCAUGCGGCGCCGCGCGCGAAUGACGAACCAGCGCAUCGGGUUCGACGUCGAGCCGUGCGGGAGGCAUCUGGUCUCCGGCGGCGAGGACGGCGUGCUGCGCGCGUACGACCUGACGACCGGCGAGGAGGCGGGCGCGUGGCGGGGCGCGAGCGACGUCGUGAGCGAUUGGGCGUUUCACCCGGGCGCGAGCUUCGCGGCG